UGGCCGCCGAUUGGCAUGUCUCAGACAGGCAGUGCGCCCCCAAUCUCAUUCUACCAAAACCGUGAUGCUGCUAGCGGACCAUCGGGGGCCGCGAUGCAUCUUCACUCUUGGCUUCGUGGCACGCGGACACCCACGCCUGUGACGUCAGCAACAAAAAGGGAUCGACGAACGCCACAUGAACCCCCUCCUGAGUCCGAGCUGUCCGUAGUGUCACACCUAAUCGGAGGGCGGAACGAAGGCAUCGUUGUAGACUUAGGUCACAACUCCUACGUGAAUUUCAUCUCCAUGCAGCUGUGGGAUCGUGAACCAAGGUCGUAUUCAUACUUCGUGGAAGUUUCGCAGUCGUUGGAUGAGAGCUCCUGGGAGAAAGUAGUUGACUAUAGCAACUACGCAUGUCGAUCCUGGCAGACACUCUACUUUCCCAGCCGCAUUAUUCGCUACAUUCGCAUUGUGGGCACUCGCAGCUCUGUGGGCAAGUACUUCCAUCUCAUAACGUUUCAGUGUCUCUACACUCGCGAAAAGUUUAUAGUUCAGAAUGACCUUCUGGUGCCACGGUCUAAUGUGGCAACAAUUCACCACGGAGCAACGGUACUGGAGGGAGUAAGCAGGCUCCGAAAUUCACUUAUUGAUGGUGAUGUCUCCGUUUACAACCUUAAUUACGGAUUUACAUGCCACCAACUUGGCAACGGCUCCAUUGACGUCCAACUGUCGCAGCCUUUCAUAGUCGCAUCCAUGCGAUUUCUGCUAUGGGACCUUGAUAGUCGAGCAUACAGUUACAUCGUUGAGGUAUCUCAAGAUCGUCUCACCUGGACUGUGGUCUUCGACGCCACUCAUCUCCUCUGUCGCUCUUGGCAGACCAUCAAAUUCCCUCUGCAACCAGUCACCUUCAUACGCAUCACGGGAACUGGUAACACAGCAAACGACGUUUUUCAUCUUGUUCAUCUGGAGUGUCCAGCUGCUACAGUGGAUGCCCCAAAUAGUGACCCGACGGGAGAAGCAGCUCAUGGUGAUAUGCAGCAGCAAGGUUCCUUGCAGCUAUCUGGGACACAGCUACUAUCACCAGCUACCGAUUCUGCUGCUGGCGCUGGUGGUAGUAACACUGGGACGGCGGGGAGUCCCAGGCCUUCCGUCUACGUAGACACGGUUAGUGUUCUACGCCACCAGCGCCCGAGACUACUUGAAGUGGAGGAGCCCUCAACACCCUCCUCUUCCCUAGUGGCCGACUUGUCAACCUUCUCCCUCCACUCCGAAGCCACCUUGGACGCCGCUGGCAUGGAGACUACGGGUAAUCAGUUGCUGGACGCUGUACCGCCAUCGCUGCCAGUGGCACAUCACCAACGUAGACGUCGCAGGAGAUACCACAACAACAGUCGCCAACAGAGACCCUCUGUUGAGGAUGAGUACUCUACCGUUGUCAAUGCUAUUGCUGUUGCUGCUUCUACUACUCCCGCCACAAACGCACCCGCUGCGACCUUCUCAAUGCAUUACUUCUCUGGUAAUUCACGUGCCACCUCGCUGUCUUCUAUUGCUCGUAACGAUAUCGACGGUCAGCCGCUUGCCUCCUCGAACACUGAGGGAGAAAGAAAUCGAGACGAUACAUCUCCCCCCGGAAAAUCGAGUGACAGCAGUCUCGACUCGUCGGACAAUGCUCCCUCGAAACACUUAUAA